AUGCGGUGCAUAUCUAGCACCAAGUGGCAUGCACUAGUGCAGGACUGGGUUAUAGUUCUAGUUGAGAAACUCCCCCUAGUCUCGGUUGUCCUGCUGCCUCGGCCACAACAAGCGUUGUCGCGGCUGCGUCGGGACAGUGGGCACCUCCGUCCGCGCGAGAACCUGUCCUCCCUACAGGGCCCUCUGAAUGUUACUUCUACUUGUGCUUCUUUCGCCGAGAAGAGGCCGGUUCUUGUCCAUGCCACGGCAGAGGGUUCUGAGGCUGGUGCGGAGCAGCCAGAAGAGCCGAAACCGGUGACCAAGAUCGAGGACAUGCCGCUCGAGUCGAAGCAGAAGAUGAUCAUGGAACAGAGGGCGCGGAUGAAGCUUGCCAAGAAACUGAGGCAGCGGCGCAAGCGGCUUCUCUGCAAGAGGAAGCUUAGGAAGAAGGGCAGGUGGCCUCCGUCCAAGAUGAAGAAGCUCAAGCAUGUAUGAACAGCGUCAAUGUUGACAGCCACUCUGCCUUGGCUCUCUGUGUUGUGGUUGCCCAGUGUACCAAUUUUUCUGUUCAGAAUAUGAGACACGAUACCUACAAAAUGUAAUUCUGUUUUUCACGUAAUUGAAUCUUCUUACAGUCUAGCCUA